CCGCAUAUGCUGACGAAACCGCACAAAACUGGUCCAUCAUCCAUGUGUUCAACAAUAAAUAAAAGGAUUGGACAUUUGUCAUAGAAUUACUGUCAAAAUGAAGGUUCUAUCGAAUCCUAACAACCCAAAUUCAUUGAAGCUAGUUAUUGCAGCUUCGAUUUCUGGCAAAAAGUUGAAAAUUGAUUACACAGCCGAAUCUAAGCAAAGUUCUCUUCAUCGAUUACCAAUUUUAAAAGAUGAAGAACAAGGAAUUGAAUUAUUCAGUUUAAGCGCAGCUGUACAAUAUCUUGCUCCACUUAGCACAAAUAAUUCUGUUAUUGCUAACAGAUGGCUCGAAUGGGAAGCAUGUCAAUUGCUGCCAGCGAUUACUGCUUAUGGUGGCACUGGAAAAAUAGAUUUAUCUCACAAGCCAAGAGUAUGGUCAUUAUUGAAAGAAUUAGAUUCAACUUUAAAAAAUAGCCAGUACUUAAUACAGGAACAAAGUGAUAUUAAUGUUGUGGAUUCAUCAAUUUGGGUAACAUUGUGGUCAACAUUAAUUCCUACAAAAAUUGGAGAAGUGAUACCCCAAGAAUUUCCAAAUGUCAAUAAAUGGUUGCUUCUAAUAGAAAAUUUACCAAUUAUUCAACAGUCAUUAAAGAAAGUUACUAUAGAAAGAGGACUUCCUGCUAUAGUAGCUGUUAAUGCAGUAUCAUGGUAUCCUAUCAACUCAUACUCAGGAUCUGAAAAACCUCAGAGUAAAACAUCGAAAAUUUCUGAGGUAACUUGCAAUGAAGAAAAAGAAGAUAAAGCUGUCUCGCAAGAAGAGUUAAAUUCUGUAAAAAAUAAUUGGACAUCUGUACCUUUCUUAGAUUACAAAGAGUCAGCUUAUCCGGUAUUACCUAAAAAAGACGAAAGAAAUGUUUUAAUUACAUCUGCUCUUCCUUAUGUAAAUAAUGUUCCUCACUUAGGAAAUAUUAUUGGAUGUGUACUUUCUGCAGAUAUUUUUGCUAGGUAUUGUCGGCAAAGAAAUUAUAAUACCCUCUACAUUAGUGGAACUGAUGAAUAUGGUACUGCAACUGAAGCUAAAGCUUUAGAAGAAAAAUUAACACCUCAGCAAAUCUGCGAUAAAUAUUUCAAUAUUCACAAUGAUAUAUACAGAUGGUUUAGCAUUGGUUUUGAUUAUUUCGGUAGAACGACAACACCAGAACAAACUGAAAUAGUACAAGCUAUGUUUUUGAGAAUAAAAGAAACAGGCUACGUUAUAUCUAAUUCAGUUGAUCAACUUUUGUGUGAGAAGUGCGAUAGGUUUUUGGCAGAUAGAUUUGUUGAAGGAGUUUGUCCUGGAUGCAAAUAUGAAGAUGCCAGAGGAGAUCAAUGUGAUGGUUGUGGGCAUCUUGUAAAUGCAACUGAAUUAAUAAAUCCAAGGUGUAAAGUUUGUAGCACUACACCAAUUAUCAAGGCAUCAACGCAAUUCUUUUUAGAUCUACCUAAAAUUCAAAAUAAUUUGAAAGAAUGGGCAAAUAAAGUUGAAGAUGGAUGGACACCAGUGGCUCGAGCUGUUACUAAACCUUGGUUGCGAGAUGGCUUAAAGCCUAGAUGCAUUACAAGAGAUUUAAAAUGGGGAAUUCCAGUUCCUCUUGAUGGAUAUCGGAAUAAAGUAUUCUAUGUUUGGUUUGAUGCCCCUAUUGGAUACCUCAGUAUUACUAAAAAAUAUACUAAAGAGUAUGAGAAAUGGUGGAAACCGAAAGAUUCCAAAGUUGAUUUAUAUCAAUUUAUGGCUAAAGACAAUGUUCCUUUCCAUGCAAUCAUGUUCCCAGCAACUCUCAUGGCUGCAAAUGAAGGUCAUACUCUUGUGAAACAUAUCAUGGCCACAGAAUAUCUUAAUUAUGAGGAUACUAAAUUUUCCAAGUCACGAGGAAUAGGUGUAUUUGGCACGGAUGCUAGAGACACAGGUAUUCCAGCUGAUGUUUGGCGGUUCUACCUUGCCUAUAUUAGGCCUGAAACUAUGGAUUCAAACUUCAACUGGAUUGAUUUAGCUACAAAAAAUAAUAGUGAAUUACUUAAUAAUUUAGGAAACUUUAUAAACAGAGCUCUAUCAUUUGCAGACAAAACUUUUAAUGGAACUGUCCCAGCUAUUGAUUUGAAAGAAGAUGAUUUAAAUUUCUUGGCAUUAGCUCAACGGGAAUUGACAUCUUACGUUAAUUUACUUGAACAAGCUAGAUUACGUGAUGCUUUAAAACAUGUUUUAAUGAUUUCUAAACAUGGUAAUCAGUACAUGCAGUACCAACAACCAUGGGUAAAAGUUAAGGGAAAUGACGAAGACAAGAAAAAAGGAGCUACUGUAAUUGGAUUAUGCUGCAAUAUAGCGUGUCUUCUUGCAUCUCUUAUUGGCCCAUUCAUGCCAAACACCGCACGAGAGUUAAGAUCACAACUUGGUUUAUCAGUUCAAACUUAUGGUUACAUUCCAAAUGUAAUAUCAUUGAUGAUUCCAUGUGGCCAUAAGCUUGGAAAACCGAAACCAUUAUUUGCUAAAAUUGAAGAUAAACAAGUAGAAGAACUUCGCCAAAAGUAUGCUGGAAAACAAAAUUCUGAAACCAUUAAAAAAAAUAAUCUAGCUUUAGAUAAUGCUGCUUUAGAUAAGGUUGCACUAGAAGCUGCAAUUGAAAAACAAGGUAAUCUAGUAAGAGAGUUGAAGGCUAAAGGUGAUAAAAGUGUAUGGCAACCUGAAGUUAAUAUUCUUUUAGAUUUAAAAAAAAAAUUAGCUAAUCUUGCAAGCUCAUCCAAAGCUCAAACAAAUGCAGCAUCUGAUACUGAUGCAUCUGCUCUUGAAGCGGCCAUUCAAAAACAGGGCAACCUAGUUCGAGAGUUAAAGGCUAAAGGUGAUAAAAGUGUAUGGCAACCUGAAGUUAAUAUUCUUUUAGAUUUAAAAAAGAAAUUAGCUAAUCUUGUUGCAAGUUCACCCAAGGCUCAAACAAAUCCUGCAUCUGAUACAAAUGUAUCUGCUCUGGAAGCUGCCAUUCAAAAACAGGGCAACCUAGUUCGAGAGUUAAAGGCCAAAGGAGAUAAAAGUGUGUGGCAACCGCAAGUAGAUAUUCUUUUGGAUCUUAAAAAGCAAUUGGAAGCUUUCAAGCCAUCAUCAGCUGCAACAUCCAGCAAUAGUAAAAAAUCCAAAAACAAGAAAUAAGUCCUUUGACAGAUGAAUGUUCAUUUUUUAAAUUGUUAGCUGUUUUAUGUGAAUUUAGUGAUGCAUUCAAUUGCAAUAUCACAUGAAUAAUGUUCAGUAACAUUUUAUACUCUUUUACUUUUCUCUGCGUCUAACAGUUUUAAAUGUUUAUCAGUGGAUGAAAGUUAUUUUGUGAGACAAUAAGACCCAAACCUGAUCUGUGACCAUAAAAAAUAAUUUUUAAAA